AUGUCGUUACGACAGUUUUGUACACGGUUGUGGACUCCCUCUCGAGGGUUCAACCUGGUUAAUCGGUUACGACAGGUUGCACCUGAUCAGGGCCGUGUGCCUAUCCCGGAGCAACUUCGAGACCAAGUUCAGAAAAGUCACGUUCGCAUUGACAUCCCUUCCACUGUUCUGAUGGAACAGCUUCGUGACUGGGAACUCGAGAGAACUCGAGUCGUCCCCACCCUCAAAACUUUUUAUGGGGGCAAUCCGGUGCAUGAGGAGUAUUGCAAUCAGUUGAAUGCACUCAUUCGGAAGUAUUGCGAUUUACCCAUUCGAGCUGCUGACGACGAAUCUACCUAUAAGUUCAUUGGUUUUGAAUCCUACAAAAAGAUGGCAAAUUCCGGCUCCAGAGUCAAAGAAACCCAUCACUCUGAAUUGACGGCAUUGUUGCAUCGCUUAAGAAUGAUUGAUUCUCAGAUGAUGCCUCAAGAAGUCAAGGACGUUCUUGAAAAGUUUUCUGUGAAAACGAAUAUUUUCAAGCAAGUCGAUGACAUUGAACGUACUCUUGACACCCAUGGCAGAGCUUUUGCAGUAGGGAAGAGAAAGCUGGCUACGGCUGAAGUAUGGCUUGUAAGAGGUGAAGGUCAAACUCUCGUCAAUGGGAAGUCCAUUGUUGAGUACUUUCCUCUCGUCGCAGAUCGGAAAAGGAUCGUCUAUCCUUUCCAGGUGGUUACUCAGGAAGGUAACUACAAUAUAUUUGCCAAAGUUCAUGGCGGUGGUACUUCAGCUCAAGCCGAUGCCGUUAUGUAUGGUAUUUCCAAAGCUUUGACCAUUUUCAACCCGUUGUUCAAGCCUAGAUUGAGAAAGGCUGGCUUGAUGACUAGAGAUGCAAGAACUGUCGAGAGAAAGAAGCCUGGUAGAGUUAAGGCCAGAAAGAUGCCUACUUGGGUUAAGCGGUGA